AUGCCCGCCCGCCGGCUUGCCCGAUCUGCCCUGGUCCCAGACCCGAAACCCCCGAGGUUUCAGCCACGUGAGCCUUUCCACCAAGGAGCCAGGCGGCUUCUCCCUCCCAGGUGUCGGGCCCUCGUGGCUCCACCGCGGGAGCGGCUCCACCCGGGUCCCCGCACGCUCUCACCGCGCUCGACAGCACUACUUGAGGCUCGGCAGUCCUGCCCUCCCCAACGCUCGUCUUCCGAGCCGAGGAGAAGCCCCGCGCUCUCUGCCCUCCUACCCUUGCUGCUCACCGGAGCUUUGGCCUUGACUCAGGUUUGCGCAGGCAUCCAUUCCUUGCAGUUUUUUGCCACCGCCGUGACCCAGCCUGGUUUGAGGGAGCAUUCCUUCAUCUUUGUCGGUUUCGUGGAUGACACACAGUUCUUGUGCUACAACAGUCAAGGGAAAAGUAAGAGAAUGGAGCCGCGCGCGUUGUGGGUGAAGCAGAUGGGGCCCGAGUAUUGGAAGAGGCAGACCAAGAUCGUCAAGGACAUUGAGAAGAAUUCCCUAAUGAACUUGCGGGAGGCCAUGAGCAUCUACAACCACAGCGAGGAUGGCUCUCACGUCUUUCAGUGUGUGUCUGGCUGCCAAGUGGGGCCAGAUGGAUUCUUCCUCCGUGGGCAUGAGGAGCACGCAUACGACGGCCGCGAUUACCUCGCCCUAAACCAGGACCUGCACUCCUGGGUCGCAGGCGACACAACGGCGCAGAUCGCGCUGCGCAAGUGGGAGGAGGCUGGUGUCUCUGAGCAAAGGCGAUCCUACUUGAAGGGCGAAUGUGUGGAGUCGCUCCGCACGUACCUGGAGAUAGGGAAGGAGACUCUGCUAAGAGCAGAUCCUCCGAAGGCACAUGUGACCCAUCACCCCAGACCUGAAGGUGAAGUCACCCUGAGGUGCUGGGCCCUGGNCUUCUACCCUGCUGACAUCAUGCUGACCUGGCAGAGGGAUGAGGAGGACCUGACCCAGGACAUGGACCUCAUUGAGACCAGACCUGCAGGGGAUGGAACCUUCCAGAAGUGGGCAGCUGUGGUGGUGCCUUCUGGAGAGGAACAGAGAUACACAUGCCAUGUGCAACAUGAGGCACUAGCCCAGCCCCUUGUUCUGAAAUGGGACCCUUCUAAGCAUACCAUUCCCAUCAUGGGAAUCACUGUUGGCCUGGUUCUCCUUGGAGUUGUGUUUACUGGAGCUGUAGUUGCCAUAGUGAUGAGGAAGAGAAGAGGUCUUCAGAUAAUAAUUCUAAAAACAGGGCUGGACAGCUUCUGUUCUUCAAGGUCUCUCAGGAGACUCAUUGAGUAG